UCAACAACCCAACCCCCAACUCCUAUGGUCACCAGACCUGCCCCAACAACCCCUGAGGCACCUGUGAGAGAUGAGUUUCUGGGUCCACCUGAGUGUCAGAGUAAGAAAUUAACUCGUGCAUCAUGUGACUUGGUUUUUUGUCCACCAUGGGAGCGUUGCAUCGAAGGACGCUGCGCCUGUAAACCACCCUAUCUCUGUCCCACUGAGGAUGUGGCCCCAGUUUGUGGGCGGGACCAUAGAUCCUACCGUUCCUACUGCCAGCUGAUGGCCGUCUCAUGUCGGACCAAGAAACCCAUCAUGUCCCACUUUGGGGAAAAAUGCGGAGAAAGUCUACCAAAGUUCAGAAGUUCAAUAGACCCCGACAGAGUGGUAAGGGUCUUCAUUCCUGAUGCUGAGAGCAGUGAAGGUGGGGAGGAGUUACUAGUGUGUUGGAAGAUUUGGAACAUGGCGGCCGCUAAUGUGGCCUGCAAGGAGAAUGGGCAUCCACUUGGUGCAGCGACUGCUGAUUUUGUGCUCUACAACUCUGUGAAAGACGACCACAGCAGGCGGCUCCCACGCAGCUGUGUUAGCGUCCGCUGCCAAGGUUACGAGACUUCCCUCGCUGAGUGUGUAAUCUAUGACAAGGCCAGGAUUGGCGGCAGGAAGGUUGCUGCGGCAACCUGUUAUGACGCAUCACAAGCACCAAAAGAGGAGGAGUGUGGCUUCACCUGUGCUAACGGCAAGUGUGUGUCUCUAAACCAGACAUGCAAUGGAGUCGACGACUGUGGCGACCGCAGUGACGAGAUGUGUUGCAGAGACUGUAGGAACGGGAGUUUACGCUGCAAGACCGGUGUGUGUCUGCCUCCAGAUGCACUCGGUGAUGGACAGAUCGACUGUCUGGAUGGCGAAGAUGAAUCGCAGAAAUACACUAUGGGCAACAGUGAGAUACACUCAGACAUUUUAAAAUCAAGCCAGCAGUACGUCUCCCCCAAAAAAGAAACCAUAGCCAACAGAGUGCAUUUGGAGUCCAAGUUGUACUGUGGGAUUCCCAACAUAACCACGGUGGAUGAUGAGGAAGUGGAGGAGCGAGGAAGGACCAACCGAGUCAAGAGAGUGGUGGGGGGAGUCCCAGCUAAACCGACUCAGAUCCAGUGGCAGAUCGCUCUGGUGGACAACAGGAAGAUCGACUGUGGAGGGGCGUAUAUCGGAGGAUGCUGGGUUAUCACUGCUGCUCACUGCGUCAGGCCAAACCCCUCUGCGUUCAUGGUGAAGUUUUCUCUCUGGCAGAAGACUAGAGCUCAGAACACGACUGACAUUGUUCCUGUUGAAGAAAUUUACAUCCACCCCAAGUACAACGCCAGCACGUAUGAGAACGACAUCGCUCUGGUGCAGCUGGAGAAGCUUCCCUACAAGGACAAAUGUCUGGAGGACAACCCGGCCGUGAGCGCCGUCUGCGUUCCCUGGUCCGCUCAGCUCUUUCAGCCCAACCACACCUGCAGCAUCUCCGGAUGGGGACGAACUGCAGACGGCAGAGCAUCUCAGGUGCUGCUGUGGGCCAACGUGUCCCUCAUCGCUGACUGUCAGGGAUUCUACAAAGAUCGCUUCAAACCAGGCAUGAUGUGUGCAGGUGAUCUGGAUGGCAGCGUGGACUCCUGUCAGGGGGACAGUGGAGGUCCUCUGGUCUGUGAGGAUGAACUCGGUGUUUCCUACCUGUGGGGCAUCGUCAGCUGGGGAGAGAGGUGUGGUCAGCCUGGAUUCCCCGGAGUUUAUACACAGGUCGCUCAUUACUUUGACUGGAUCAGACUUCACACAGGCUGGCCUGCAGUCACCAAGUUCAACUCCUGA